AUGACUGUGAAGACCCAGUACCUCAACCAGACUAUGGUGAGCCACUUCUUCCUGGAGGGUCUGAUGUACACUGCUGAACACCCAAGCCUCUUCCUCCUGCUCUUUCUCCUCAUCUACAGCAUCACGGUGUUCGGAAAUCUCCUUAUUCUGUUUACUGUGAGCUCUGACUCUCAUCUCCGCUCUCCCAUGUACCACUUCCUGGGCCACCUCUCCUUCCUGGAUGCAUGUCUCUCUACAGUGACGGUGCCCAAGGUCAUGGCAGGCCUGCGGACUUUGGAUGGGAAGCUCAUCUCCUUCCAGGGCUGCGCCGUACAGCUUUACUGCUUCCACUUCCUGGCCAGCACAGAGUGCUUCCUGUACACGGUCAUGGCCUAUGAUCGCUACCUGGCUAUCUGCCAACCUCUGCACUACCCAGUGGCCAUGAGCAAGCGGGUGUGCUCAGGGCUGGCUGCCAGCACUUGGGCAGUGGGUGCCGUACACUCUGCAAUCCAUACCUCCCUCACCUUCCACCUUCUCUACUGUGGGCCUCAGCACAUCGCCUACUUCUUCUGUGACAUCCCCCCUGUGCUGAAGCUCGCCUGUGCAGACACCACCAUCAAUGAGCUUGUCAUGCUCGUCAGCAUCGGUGUGGUGGCUGCAGGAUGCCUGAUCCUCAUUGUCACUUCCUAUGUCUUCAUUGUGGCCGCAGUGCUGCGCAUACGCACAGCUGAGGGCAGGAGACGAGCUUUCUCCACUUGCAGUGCCCACCUCACAGUGGUGCUCCUGUACUACAUGCCCCCGGUCUGCAUCUACCUGCAGCCAAGCUCCAGUGGAGCAGGGGCCGGGGCCCCUGCUGUCUUCUACACCAUAGUCACCCCCAUGCUCAACCCUUUCAUUUACACGCUGAGGAACAAAGAGGUGAAGCAGGCUCUGAGAAGGCUGGUAUGCAGAGAUUCCCAAGAGUCUCCAGCAGGCAGCCCACUCCCUUAA